GCUGACGAUACCUCCUUGGCCGGAUCUGGUGGCUGCCAACUCGCCGAAGGAGUCCCCUGACCAAGUCGCCCCUGCUCUGGCGCCACAGAAGCUUUGCAGGUACAGGAGCCAAAAGCACUUUGGAAGGCCCCUGCUAGACAAGACGACGCCGUACCAGAAGCUCAAUGUCGCAGAGGAGCCCAGCUCAAGCUGCACCGCGCUGUUUCUGGACGAGGAGCUCCAGCUCACGAACGUCUUCGGA